UGCCCUUUACUCUGACUCGCCAAUUUCCGCGAACUUUCUCUCUGUCUCUCUCUCUUCGAAGUAGAAAAAAUAUCCCUUUUUAGUUCUUGCGCUGAUCGCCCAUGGAGUUCUACACAUGUACAACCUGAUUUCCUAGUCGCUCCUAGUCUCUCCUUCGGGUUUGGCGUUGAGAGUUUUUAUGUUGCAUGAAGUAGUUUUUUGGAUCGAUAAAUUUCUCAGGGGUGGAUUCUUCAUCGGAAAAAUCGUGUUUUCAAGAAGAUAUAAUCAUGAACUACCAGCAAGAGAAGUUUGUGAGGUUUCAGGAUUGGAAGUCAGAGAAAAGUACCGAGGGGCAUUCUAAAAAUUAUGAAAUGCAUCCAAGAAGAAUCAGAAUGGCAUUAAGCUUGGUUUCAGAAAAGUUUCAAAGAAGCUUUGAAUCUAGUUCAGAUAGGAUAAACAGGAUUAAAAAAUCAUUGAAAUCUUAUUCAUUUAAUAGUGCUGUUGCUCAAGGCUCAGGUUCAAGGAAGAAAAUUCUUGAUCCGCAGGGUCCGUUUCUACAAAAGUGGAAUAAGAUAUUUGUGCUCUCAUGUGUGAUUGCAGUUUCACUCGAUCCCUUGUUCUUUUAUGUCCCUGUGAUUAUUGAUGCCCAGAAGUGCCUUGAGUUGGACAAGAAAAUGGAGACUACAGCUAUUAUCUUGCGUUCUUUCACGGAUAUAUUUUAUAUAAUUCAUAUUAUUUUUCAAUUUCGAACUGGUUUUAUUGCUCCAUCUUCUCGUGUAUUUGGAAGAGGUGUUUUAGUUGAAGAUGCUUGGGCAAUAGCACGGAGGUAUCUGUCAUCAUACUUCUUAAUUGACAUUCUUGCCGUCCUUCCGCUCCCACAGGUGGUGAUUUUAAUUAUCGUUCCGAAAAUGGGAGGCUCAAAAUCGUUGAAUACGAAGAACUGGUUAAAAUUUGUUGUUUUCUUCCAAUAUCUACCGAGGUUUCUUCGAAUCUAUCCGUUAUAUAAAGAAGUUACAAGGACUUCUGGCAUACUCACACAAACUGCAUGGGCUGGAGCUGCAUUCAAUCUCCUUCUUUACAUGCUUGCUAGCCAUGUACUUGGAGCCUUUUGGUACUUGUUCUCCAUAGAGCGAGAAACCAUCUGCUGGCAACAAGCCUGCAGGGAUAAUUCCACAUGCUUAAACAGUUCUUUGUAUUGUGAUAGUAAUAUUUUAGAGGUGGACAACUUACUGAAUGCAUCUUGUCCCGUAAAGGAACCUAAUGCAACGCUCUUUGAUUUUGGAAUAUUCCUCGAUGCUCUUCAGUCUGGUGUAGUGGAGUCAAGGGAUUUUCCAGAGAAGUUGUUUUACUGUUUUUGGUGGGGCCUGCGAAAUCUGAGUUCUCUUGGUCAAAAUCUAUCAACAAGUACCUAUGUCUGGGAAAUCUGCUUUGCAGUUUUCAUUUCAAUUUCUGGCUUGGUAUUGUUCUCAUUUUUGAUCGGGAAUAUGCAGACAUACUUGCAAUCCACUACUACAAGAUUGGAGGAGAUGAGGGUCAAAAGACGAGAUGCCGAACAGUGGAUGUCACACAGAUUACUCCCUGAAGAUCUGAGAGAGCGGAUUAGGAGGUAUGAACAAUACAAAUGGCAAGAAACUAGAGGUGUUGAUGAAGAUAAUUUGAUCCGUAAUCUUCCCAAGGACCUCAGAAGGGACAUAAAGCGCCAUCUCUGCUUGGCUCUGCUCAUGAGAGUGCCAAUGUUUGAAAAGAUGGAUGAACAAUUGUUGGAUGCAAUGUGUGACCGUCUUAAGCCGGUUCUCUACACAGAGAAAAGCUACAUUGUUCGGGAGGGAGAUCCAGUUGACGAGAUGCUCUUCAUCAUGCGAGGCAAGCUAUUGACCAUUACGACCAAUGGUGGAAGAACUGGAUUCUUCAACUCUGAAUAUCUCAAGGCCGGUGAUUUCUGUGGAGAAGAACUUCUUACUUGGGCUCUGGAUCCCCAAUCCUCAUCCAAUUUACCCAUCUCAACAAGAACUGUCCGAGCCCUCACCGAAGUUGAAGCCUUCGCUCUAAAAGCCGAUGAUUUGAAAUUUGUAGCCUCUCAGUUCCGUCGGCUUCAUAGCAAGCAACUUCGCCAUACUUUCAGAUUCUACUCUCAACAAUGGAGGACUUGGGCGGCUUGUUUCAUACAGGCAGCCUGGCGCCGCUAUAACAAGAAGAAGCUUGAAGAGUCUCUUCGGGAAGAGGAGAAUAGAUUGCAAGAUGCAUUGGUGAAGGCUGGUGGGAGCUCGCCAAGUUUGGGUGCCACCAUUUAUGCCUCGCGGUUUGCUGCUAAUGCGCUUCGCUUGUUGCGGCGCAAUAGUACACGGAAAGCAAGGGUCCCAGAGAGAAUUCCGCCCAUAAUGCUUCAGAAACCAGCAGAACCUGAUUUUACUUCCGAAGAACAAUAGGUAUCUAACCCCUAGUGAUUUAUAUGUUUGUUUUGUUGUAUCAUGUGAAUUCUACCGGGUGGAGAGACACAGAGAAAUUAGUGGAAUCACACUAUGGUAGAAAAGUCAUUAAUCGACUGCAGGAGGUCUGUGUAUAUUAUGUUGUAUAUUGAGUUUUUACAAUUUUUUUUUCAUGGAUUCUGAAAGUUAUCCAAUGCAUAGAUUCGAAGUAUCAAACUUCAUAAAAAUACAUAUAGCAAAUAAAUCAAACCUUUGAAAUUUUGAAUUGGACAA